AUGGUAGCUCCAGACAUUCAACGACUAUCUGCAGCAGACGUCGACUUUGACGCCAGCGGUGGUAUCAGCGACACUCCCGCUACCCCUGGGAAGUCAGCCAAUGGAAAUUCAAAGCUGAGUGUAAACCAAAAUGUACCCAGAUCAUCGUCAGCGGGAAAUGUGUCUCGUUUAGUAAUACCGAGACCCCAACUCCAUGUUCGUACCAAGUCGUCUACUUCUGCCAAAGGGUUCCCAGCGGCUGGUAAUAACUCAGUGUCACCGAGGAAAUCGACACGAGCCAUGGAACUUCGCCACGACGAAGAAAAAUCGAGACCUAGUCCUGUCAUUCGAAGUGUACCUACCCAACCAAAUGAUAAGAGCCGGUUGGUAAACCAAUUCUACAAUGCCAUAAACGACAUGAACAAGAGCCGGUCAAGCAGCAACAACAACAGUGUUGCAGAUAUGCGGCAACUUCUUGCCCGUUCGGGAGCUUUAAGUGGAGAGGCGAACCACCGACCUUCGAUCGAAACGGAACUUCUGGAAGACCAUUUUGAUCGGAUUAUUAAUUCUGGGGGCUAUGAGUAUACUCCCAUGGAUAAUCUGGUUGGCUUGGACGAUAAGCUCGUUCACCAUUUGCUUAAUAUCGACACUAUACUAGGCAACGAACAUUCACUGGAAGCUGGCUUGCAGCCACUUCGAGACAUUCUUGACUCGAUUUCUGAGCGAUUCUUGUCUCAAACUAGACACUCGAUACUUUCUGAUCCGAUUACACCUACAAUUUUGGUGGAAUUGAGCAUGCUUCAAAAAUACUUGCGGCAACUUCAUUUGCUGGUGGAAACCUUGCUUACUGAACUGAUCCACAAUAAAGACGAAACCAAAGGCCAUUAUCGGCAAGAAAUCAGCACUAAUAUCGCCAAGCUUUCAGACUUGGUUCAGACUCUUGAUACCCUCGAGUCUCGGCUCAAUGCAUCAAGGCAAUUGAUAAAUACCAAUAAAGCUCAAAUCACCGAUGAGUUCAGCGCAAAGGUUGAGACCCUUGAAUAUGUGCACAAAAGGUACCGAGAGUACUCACAGAAGGUCCACAAUCGACGAUUUGUCCAACUUACUUCGGCGGUUGGUAUAGUGAUUUUGGUGAUAAGUAUCUACGCUGUGCUAUAG